AAGGAGCUGUCCUGUGUCCUGCCAGGGGAUACACAGUUCUGCACGUGCAUGGGUGACAAAUCCUAGAAGUAUAUACCAAAAGGACACAGUCAGUUUACCGUUCGAUAACAUGGGACGGAAGGAUGACAGACAGAUCCAAGGGGCAGAACAGGAAGGAGAAGGAUCACGCAGGGGAGACUGGUGGGGCCUCAAGUGCCUCUUCUCUGGGCUCAUGCAGGGGUGAAGCCAGGUCUUUCCGGUGCAACGGCAGCAGACAUGUAACCCGCCUGGGCAAGGUGGCAGGGACCAGGUGGCAGAACCCUGUCAGUGACAGCGUGCAUGUGAGCGGAGGGCUUCUGCAACCCGGGCAGCGAAAGUUCCCAGGAGCACGUCCCCCAGAGUCUCUGGCCAAAGUGCCUCUGGUGGGAUGGGGAAGCAGCCCGUGGAGAGGGCAUGUCAGGGGCAGGUGAGGUGAGUGUGCAGGGUGGCGGGCUGCCCUGUUCCCUGCAGGGCAGAGCCAGGGGCCGGCUGAGUGAGAUCAUAUCUUAGGAAGGGCGGCUGUUGGGCUCCUCCCCCAGGAGUGGCCCACAGCAGAGCAUGUCCCAGCGCGGGCGGCAGGCCCCACACUGUCCUUCAUGGCACCCCUGGGGUGCGGGGCGGCUGUCCUCGUUCGGGUGCACACUGUCUUAGCUACAGAGAUCCAUCGGGGGCUUGGCUAUGCCUCCCUUGAGGUGCUGGGCACAAACUAUAAAGGUUUUUUCCUCUCCUCCUUCCCUCAGGUCGUGUGUGUUCCCCUGUGGAUUCUUAUGUCCUUUCUGUGCCUGGUGGUCCUCUAUUACAUCGUGUGGUCUGUUUUGUUCCUGCGUUCCAUGGAUGUGAUUGCAGAACAGCGAAGGACACACAUAACAAUGGCACUGAGCUGGAUGACCAUUGUCGUGCCUCUCCUUACUUUUGAGAUCCUGUUGGUUCACAAACUGGAUGGCCACAACGCAUUCUCUUGUAUCCCAAUAUUUGUCCCCCUUUGGCUCUCCUUGAUCACUCUGAUGGCAACCACAUUUGGACAGAAGGGAGGAAACCACUGGUGGUUUGGUAUUCGCAAGGAUUUCUGUCAGUUUCUGCUUGAAAUCUUCCCAUUUUUGAGAGAAUAUGGAAACAUUUCCUACGACCUCCAUCAUGAAGAUACUGAGGAAACCGAAGAAACCCCAGUUCCUGAACCUCCUAAAAUUGCUCCAAUGUUUCGGAAGAAGACCAGGGUCGUUAUCACCCAGAGCCCUGGGAAGUAUGUCCUCCCACCUCCCAAACUGAAUAUUGAAAUGCCAGAUUAGACACCACUUCCUUGGACAGAAUGCAAGCGGACCACCGGGACGCACACACGCUGUCUCCUACCCUCCUCUGCCUCUUUGUUGACCCCACCCAGAACUGGAGCCGAGGCCAGGGCUCCGGGAACUUCCAUCUCAUGCCUUGUUUGCACUCAAUGCCUACCAGUGACUCACCCUGACGGGACGCACACAUGGCAGGUGACUGGCACCCGCGGUGCGGGCUGGGCUAGGGCGCGUGUCAGUGGACGUGGGCGUGAAGGAGGGAGUGUGUGUGAGAAGGGGAAAGCCAUCACCUCUGGGCAGGCGCCUCAGGAGCUGACUUGGAUCUGUUAGGGAUGGCUGCUUAGGCCAGAGAAGGAGCUGGUUUUCAAAGUGCUAAAAUUCCUAUUGAAAGUGUUCUUGGAAAAUGGUUUUUUAGACCAGGCCGGCCACACCAUGUAGCUUAGAUUCUCCUGUCGCAGCGUAGUCAGUAGGAACUGUAAAUACGCCUCUGCGGCACCACGAGUGUACCUACACCGUCAUUACUGUUUGUGUUCCUGCUGUGGAAGUCGUUUCUCUUUGGGCAAUGCUGACAGCAGUUUUUAAUGGCCCCAUCGGUGAGCCCUUUCCAAUGGAGUGACUCCGUGCCUGUAUAGUAUUUAUACAAAUAUUUUAGCAUUGUAAUAUACCGUGUUAAAUCCUAGUUCUGUACAGUAUAUUCUGUUAAAGUAUUUUUUUACGAGCUUGUAUGGGAGACGUGUGUUCUGUUGCAGAAGCAGAAGCUGCUGGCGCACCUGUCCCGCCCAGGGGGUGUCACCCCUUAACGGGCCAUCGUCAUCACCCCCCUUGAAAUCCUCCACACACACAGUGGCUGCUACUGCCAGAACAGCCACAAUAAGCAAGAAAUGGUUUGUGCUUUUCCUACAUUCUGGGAAUAUGUGCGUGAGCUGAAACUAGAGAAACUGGAAGAAGUUGCUGAAACUGGAAACAGCCACUGGAAUCACGUGUUUGUUAGGGUCUGAGGCCCUUUGUCGGGCCCCCAACAAAAGUCCUUCCGGCCGGCCAGCCCCGUGCUUUCAACUAGGAGUACACUUGCUCCAAGAGCUGCUGGUAGAGCCCUGGGCGAAGCAGAAGAAAGCAGAUCCUCCAGGAUAAGAGCCUUUGGCCUGAGAACAAGUAGCCGUUUGUGAAAGGAGGGAAAAGGCGCACUGGCAUUGUCACGCAGGAGAGGGAAGGGUUUAACGGGGGCAGCUGCUGACAUCUCUCCGUCAGGCUCGGCCGACGUCCAGCACACGAGGCCGCCUGGAAGCGGCGCCCAGCAAGCCUGUUGUCUCUGGGGGGGAGGGGGAACGUUGGGAAUGGCAUAGCCUUUCUUGCUUGCUGUGUAACAAAUGUAGCUCAAUCCACUAUUUUUGCUCCCUGCAGUUGUUCAAUAAACUGGUUCCUCCUUUUCCAUGGUA